UUAAACAUUGUCAUGGAGGCGGGUGAAGGUGGUAAGCGUGUCUGGAUGCUGGAGAGAUACGCCCGACUGACCAGUCAGAUAGUGGGCCGCGAAAUAAUGCCAGCUAAGGACGGUUGGGAGUAUUUUGACAAGAAGGACGAGAGCCUCCAGUUGCUCGUCUCCGCCGACCAGCUCCUCGUUCACCAGGGCAAACGGCAAGUUGAGAGCCUGAACCUGUCGGCGGCGGGGACCUGGGUGAAGGGCGUCAAUAAGGGCGACAGUCUAAUGGUGGUCUGUAACCUCAAGAAUUUCACAGGACGGCGGUUCCGGGUGAAAUUCUCCCCAUCCACAGAAAAGACCGCCAUAAGCCAGUGUCGGGAAUGUAUAGAUGUUCUGGCUAAAUAUUUCCCUAUAAAACUGCCAGGCGGGAACGAAACUGGGAGUGCGCCCAUGCAGGUAACGUCGCAACGCAGCCUUUCCGGAAGUAUGACGUUGGCUGAUGACGUCACCAUCGGACAAAUUGCCCAGGCCAUAUCCAGCCCAUCACGACCACAGAUGCCGUCGCCUUACUCGCGUUUCCAUGACAACAGUUACCAUGGUGACCUUAACACGCAGGUUAAACUGUGCCUUACUGAUCCGGAGUUCCCCGCCUUUGUUGGACAAGUAGAAAAAGAACUAGAAAAAAUAAAACGAGAAUCAUGCUAGAGUUCACGUUAAAACAUUGCUUCGUUAUUGUUUCACAUCCAUUAGUUCAUGUUAGUUCAUAAGUUCCUCAAAAUGACAACAGUGGUCUGUCAAAUGCUACCGCUGUAAGUUAAUGCUAUAUUCAAAAGUAGAGCUUCUGCUUUAAAAUACAUAUGUAGCUGUAGU